AUGGGUUCAGCAAUACAGACUAUCGAUUUGAUUUGCGACCAGAAUGAUUUUGAGUCGUUACUAGCUACUAUCAAAACAAUUACGCCACCAUGGAAGUAUUUCGCUUUCCAAAGAUUGACAGGAGGCGUGAACAACACGCUCUUUAAGUUGACGAAGAAAGAAUCAGAUAUGGACGUGAAUGAAACCGGCGAGGCUCUUCUGAUACGCCUUUAUGGUGGUAGCUCGGGCACAUUGGUAGAUAGGGAAUGGGAGCUCGACUGCCACACGAUUCUGUUCGAGCAUGGGCUGGCACCUCGCAUCAUUUGCCGAUUCAACAACGGGUAUGCAUAUGGCUUUGUCCCCGGCAAAGUCUGCUCACCUAGUGACCUGGCUUUGGAACCUGUCUGGCGUGGGGUUGCUCGACGCAUGGCCGAGUGGCAUGCUACUUUACCCUUGGAUUACCCACCCAGACAGAAUAUGUGGGUAGUACUGAGUAAAUGGCUAUCAGCGUUACCGAAUUCAACAGAAGAAGAGAAGGAGUUGCUGCGCCGACUGGGUAUCGAAGGAGGGCUUAUGCAAUCAAUGUUCUGCAAGACGUAUGUGGAAGGCAUGCCGGAGCUUGUCUUCACACAUUGUGAUCUUCUAGCAGGAAAUAUUAUCAUUAGACCCAGGGAUAGCCAGGGUGGUUCUUCGGAAGAUGUCGAAAAGGUCGAUUUCAUCGAUUUCGAAUACGCAAUGGCAGCACCCGCCGCUUUCGACAUUGCUUCCCAUUUCUCAGAAUGGGCUGGGUAUGAAUGCGACUACACCCUUCUCCCAUCCCAAUCGUUACGAAGACGAUUCCUAACGGAGUAUACAUCAACGUACAAUAGCCUACGGAACCCCGAAAAUGGCAUGAUAGACCUUGACGAAAUGUGCGCUGAAGUGGACAAAUUCAGAGGUGUACCGGGCUAUGUGUGGGGUGUUGCUGCUCUUGUACAAGCUCAGGUUUCGAGUACCGACUUCGAUUUCAAAUCCUAUGCCGAUCUUCGAAUUCAGGAAUACUUGGACUACAAAGCAGAGAAAUUUGGUACAAGAGAGAAAGAAGGCAAGGAGUUACCUUUCAGAGAGCGAUGUUGGGCCCGUGAAAAUUGA